AUGGAACCUGGUAUCAAGACUGAAGUGAUCGGCGAAAAAAAGCAGCGAUCUGAGGCGAUCAAAUUCGCGAUCAAAUUCGCCGCGAUCGGCGUAGAAAAUCGCUUGGAAAAAGAUUUACUGACAUUGAACCACCUGGGGCAGUGCUAUCAUAAAAGAAACGAGAGAAGUGCACUCAGUUUGCUAGCUGCAUCCCACGAAAAGAAGGCUUCCUCUUGCCUCAAACAAGCCUUGGUUGAGAUGCAUCCGUAUUUCCAACUAGCUUUCUUUUCCUUACUGUUGCGAAUUCCUCUGGCUUUAGGAGAUUGUGUAGAUUUGGGUCUUGGAAUGGAAGAUGGAGAGAUUCCAAGUGAUAGAGUUACUGCUUCUUCUGAACAAAGCGCCAACACACCGGCCAAGAAUGGUCGACUGAAAUACACAUCAGGAUCAUCAUGGUGUGCAGGAACAGGUGACACUAACCCAUAUCUACAGAUUGAUCUACAGACAAUUCAUAUUAUCUGUGCUGUGUCCACUCAAGGGAAUUCCAAAGCAGAUCAGUGGGUGAAGGACUACAAACUACAGUUAUCCACAGAUGGAACAUGUUGGAGAGACUACAAGGAAGGUGGACAAGUUAAGGUGUUGAGGGGAAAUAGUGACAGAGACACAACUGUUAAACAUGUAAUUUAUGGAGUGUCAACAAGAUAUCUUCGAUUCCUGCCACAAACUCAGCAGGGUGGGGUGUGCAUGAGAACAGAGGUGUUUGGAGUGCGACAAGAACGAGUUUGUGAAAUGAAGGCCAUUGGCCUGGCCACUGGUGGUGCAAUUCCUGACAGCAGCUUCACAGCCUCAUCUUAUUAUGAUAAUAGAUAUAAAGCUUCUUAUGGUCGACUGAAUGAAAAUAAUCGCGGUUGGGCACCCAAGACUAUGGCCAAUCCCGCUGACUUCUUACAAAUUGACUUGCUGCAUAACUAUGUCAUCUGUUCUGUAGCUACCCAAGGAGCUAAUGGUAUCAAGGAGUGGACAACAAAAUACAAGAUCCAGUUAUCAUUGGAUGGUAUCACGUUUUUCACCUAUAAAGAAAACAAUAUUGCCAAGGUUUUUACUGGAAAUUCAAACCAAAAUGGCAUCAUAAAAAACAAUCUACAGGAAUUUGCAAGCGCAAAGUUUAUCCGCUUCUGGCCAACAGCCUUUAGUGUUUGGAAGGCUCUGAGGGUGGAAGUUUAUGGAAUAAUUCCAACUAAAGAUUGUACAACAGAGGCCAUUGGUCUGGCCACUGAUGGUACAAUCCCUGACAUCAGCUUCACAGCCACAUCAUAUUACGAUAAUAGAUAUAAACCUUCUUAUGCUCGACUCAAUGGAAAUAAUCGAGGUUGGGCACCCAAGACUACGACCAAUCCUGCAGACUUCUUAAAAAUUGACCUGCUGCACAAGUAUGCUAUUUGUGCUGUUGCUACUCAAGGAGCUAAUGGUAUCAAUGAGUGGACAACAAAUUACAAGAUUCACUUAUCGUUGGAUGGCAUCACGUUUUUCACUUAUAAAGAAAACAAUACUGACAAGGUUUUUCCCGGAAACUCAGAUCAAAAUAGCAUCACAAAGAACAGUCUAAAAGAAUUUUCAAGUGCAAAGUUUAUCCGUUUUCUGCCAACAGCAUAUUAUAGUUGGAAGGUCCUGAGAGUGGAAGUUUAUGGAAUAGUUCCAACCAAAGUUUGCAAAAUGGAGGCCAUUGGUCUGGCCACUGGUGGUGCAAUUCCUGACAGCAGCUUCACAGCCUCAUCAUAUUACGAUAGUAGAUAUCAACCUUCUUAUGGUCGACUGCAUGGAAAUAAUCGAGGUUGGGCACCCAAGACUAUUCAGUUAUCAUUGGAUGGUACCACGUUUUUCACCUAUAAAGAAAACAGUAGUGUCAAGGUCUUUCCUGGAAACGUAGAUCAAAACAACAUCACAAAAAACAGUCUAAAGGAAUUUUCAAGUGCAAAGUUUAUCCGUUUUCAGCCGACAGCAUAUAAUAGUUGGAAGGCUCUGAGAGUGGAAGUUUACGGAAUAGUUCCAACUAAAGCUUGCAAAAUGGAGGCCAUUGGUCUAGCCAGUGGUGGUGCAAUUCCUGACAGCAGCUUCACAGCCUUAUCAUAUUACGAUAAUAGAUAUAAAGCUUCUUAUGGUCGACUGAAUGGGAAAAAUCGAGGUUGGGCACCUAAGAAUACGACCGAUCCUGCUGACUUCUUACAAGUUGAUCUGCUGUAUGAGUACGUUAUCUGUGCUGUAGCUACCCAAGGAGCGAAUGGUAUCAAUGAGUGGACAAUAAACUACAAGAUUCACCUAUCGUUGGAUGGCAUCACGUUUUUCAGCUAUAAAGAAAACAAUAUUGACAAGAUCUUUCCAGGAAACUCAAAUCAAAGAGACAUCAUUAAAAACAAUCUACGGGAAUUUGCAAGUGCAAAGUUUAUCCGUUUUCAGCCGACAGCCUAUUAUAACUGGAAGGCUCUGAUGGUGGAAGUUUAUGGCAUUCUUUUAACUAAAGUUCCAUCACAACCUCCGGCAGACUUCAAUUUGACUGCAAGCUCCUCUACUAGCAUCAUAGCUUCCUGGCAGCUACCACCAGUACUUGCGAGACAUGGAAGAAACAUCACAGGGUUUAAAUUGUUCUAUAAAGAAAAAAGUUCAGCAGGGUUAGAAACCACCUUGCUUAUCAACAGCGAAUCAACAUUAAGUCAAAAUGUUGUGGGACUUGAUAAGAACACAGAAUAUGAAUUUCACAUCUUAGCUUUUACAUCAGAUGGGGAUGGCCCAAAGACCCCGGUCAAGGUAGAGAGAACCAAGGAAGACGCACCGAGCGCUCCUCUUUCGUUUGCCUAUAAGGAAGUUGCCCCGAAUAAGAUGCAUGGUCCAAGAUUAAACUUGACUUGGAGCAAGCCAGCAGAAGCUAAUGGAAUCAUUAGGAGUUACACUCUGUUCUAUGCAAACAAAGAUGGUGAAACAAAGCAAAGUGUUGGAGGAGACGCGUUCAGUUACUUAGUAGAUGUCCUGGGCGGAGUUACUUAUCAUUUCUAUAUCACAGCUGUAACUAUCAAACCGGGACAGAAUGCCACUUUUUCGGUGAAAACCAAAGAGUACGAGCCCAGCCGUGGACCAGAAAACGUAUUGUCUAUCGAAAUUGAGCGUACAGAAUAUCAGUUAUCCUGGAAUGGUUUGCCCAGAGAGGUUGCAAAUGGGUUCAUUAAAAUAUAUCAAGUGAGACUUCUGUUGAAGGAAAGUUGCUUCUCGGUUGACGCUUCGUUUAAUUCGACAUUCAACACAACUAAAACUGAGAUGCUGUUGUCCAGUCUCUCAAUCUGCUCAAGGUAUGAAGUGUCGGUUAGAGCCUUCACUGCGGCGGGACCUGGACCUUACAGCGAGCCUUUAGUGAUUCAGACUUUAGGUGAAGUUUGGUCUCGUGAAAAGCCUUCCCCAGCAAAAUUCUCUAGCGACGGAGGAAUCACAGCAAAAAUAACACUUCCAAAUUUUAUGGGACAUGCAAGUUUUUUCCAGAUCAUCGUCAUUACAUAUCGCUCAGACUACAAUGGUGUCGUAAACCCACCAGCAGAUUUUACAACACAAGAGCUGAUGACUUAUGAAGAAGCUCACAAAUCUCCAUUACCUGCAGCUUAUGUCACUUUCCAGUUUGGAGGAAAUGAUUUUAACAAUCACCAAGAAUUUACCGUAGGAGAUGGAGUCCAGUCAAACGGUAAAAUAAGGAGCAAGAGAAGUAAUGGUGAAGAGUAUUAUUACAACAGACCAUUGCACCCAAAUACGAACUACAGAGUGUUUCUCAGAGCUUUUGUCACAGAGACGCUGUAUACCUCAAGCAGUUUCAUAGCGCUGAAAACUAAAGAUAAGCCCGUGGUCAAGGAACUACCAGAAAAGACAACUAUAAUUGUUGGUGAAAAGGCAGAGUUGACAUGUGAGGCCAGCGGAGAUCCACAACCUUCUGUUACGUGGAGUAAAGAUGGAGAUACCAGUAUACCACGGGCUAACUUUAACAAUGAUGGCAAGGUACUUGUUAUCAGGGACGUGAUACCUCGUGAUAGCGGUGUCUAUGAAUGUACAGCAUCGAACAGUUUUGGAGUGAGCCAUUCAGCUACAUCUUUGAUCGUGACUGGUAAACAAAGCAACUUCCCUGUUGCUGUUAUCGUUGUGCUUUGUGUUUUUUGUGUGUUGUUGGCUGUCAUUGGCGUACUAGUAUACAAGUGGAAGUAUAGAAGAGCUGGAAUCGAACUAAAUGACAAAACAAACGAUCUGAACAGACUCGUCUAUGAUGUCAUGGGUCCUCUCGACUCUUCGUAUGAGCAACUUGCGUCUUCUUCAGGACCUUGUCUUCAACUCCACUCGAUGUCUUCCGAAGGCCAAUCGCCUGCAUAUCUUGAACUUCAAGGUUUGAAGUUUGAAAAUAGAGCAUUUGAUAGCCAAAGUGUGAGCUUUGAGAAAGAAACUGAAGAGAGAGAAGGAGAAGACAGGGAAGAAAUUGUUAAUGACAUAGGAAAUAGUGUGUGUUGAUUUGGUUCUAUUCUUCUCACUGCUCUUUUCAGUUGAAGAUAGAAUCCCCUCGGAACAUAGAUAUUUCUGGCCUAUGAUCGCAGAGUCACAAUUGAACAGUAGACUUAGUACAGCCGCCUAUUCUCAUAUAGAAAAUCGUGACAUAUAGUAGCGCUGUUGUGGCCUUCAGAUGAGUAAAGAUAAAAUUUGAAGAGGCUGUUCUUCUGCUAUACAGUAAAGAAUUUAUAUUACUCUUGUGCCCUAAAUUGAAUAUUCAGUUCGAUCUUUGUAGAUCACAGUCAUGUAGUACUUACAUAGAAUUAGCAGAACACUUCUAAAUCAAGGAGACUAUUUUAAGAACCUAUCAUCAUGUUCUUCAUAUCCAUGUGGUAAAUGAUCAGAGAAAACUUAAUUUUAACUAAACCCUGUGAGCAGGGUAACUGGGAUACCCAAUGGUACUGGAUCCUUGAAAUCAAGUGUAGUGAUACUACCGGGUGUCGGAAUAGUAUACUGAAAUAGUAAGCUCAAAAAAGGUUGUCAUCAGGUGAUAGGUCAUUCCAAGACGGAAAGGAAUCUUGGGUAUACAACUCAGUAAAUAGCUCUUGCUGAGUGUUGCACAUUUAACGUUUUAACUGGAUAACAGUUUUUCUGUAUAAUGUUGUUUUAAACAGAGCAAAUAUAAUGUGAACCUUCCCUAAUGUUACUUUGAAAAGCUGUGAUCUUAUGAUCUAAAUCAUGUUGAACUGAGUUUCUAUGGGCUUCCUUAUUAGCUUGGACGUUUGAUAUCUUAUCUUUUCCUGCAGUAUCCAGUGUUUUACACUAUUCUGCUCUGCCAGAUAAAAGUUCUUCUUUUUCUUCAGGAUUCAAUGACUUAUACUAUUCUGAUCUUUUUCGUUUUUGUGCAGAAUUGAGAGAGUUCAACCAUGCUGCUCUCUUUUGUUUUUGUGCAGUAUCCAGUGAUUUAUACCAAAUUUCUCUGCGAGACGAAAGAUUUUGUUUUUCUGCAGAACCAAGUGAUUUAUACCAAUCUGCUGAUUUGGACAAAAGCUUUUCUUUUUCUUAGGGAUCCAGUGAUUUAUACCACUCAGCUCUGUGAGAAAAAAGCUUUUCUUUUCUGCAGGAUCCAGUGACUUGUACCAUAUUGCUCUAUCAGACAAUUUUUUUUUUCUCUGCAGGUUCCAUUUGUUGCAUAGCUUUCUUUUUUCCUUUUUGCAUGUAGUUCUUUCUGACUACGAGACUUAUGUUUUGCAAUUACCUUUUGUCUUCCAGCAUUUGACAAAUUAGUUGAACAACAUAUAAAUGUAAUAUAAUAUUCUACAUCUCUACUCUGGAAUUGUUUUUUUACAAUAUCCACUAGUGACUGAAUAAGAAAAUCUAUGUCAUUCAUUUCUUCAAAUAUAUCAAGUGUGCCAUUAGGACUGAAUCAUAUAAUAUAGUACUUAACACUUUUUGCUUUUGUUUUCAUAUUAUUGUGCUGAAAAUUACAGCUGAAGCAGUAAUUUGAAAUCCACAUUUAAAACCCAGUAUUAUCUUUAAUAUUAUCUGUGAUUAACUUCUGGAGCAAUAAUUUGCUACCAAGAGAUGUACACCAUAGUAUUCCUUGCUUCUCCAAAUUAAAGGCAAUAUUGAUAUCUGCUUCAUAUGAAGUGUCCUUGGGAAAUUGUUGAUAGUCAGUGGAUGGUUAUUGCCACUGAGUUUUUCUUUGUAAAACUUGUUUGCAUGGUCAGUGAUUCUAUCCAGUGUCUGUGAAUUCUAAUACCCACAAUAUUUGAUAAUGGGAAAACAAAUGUUAUAAAAAGAUGUGGCACAACAUCAUAACAAGUGAAUAUGAAUGGUUGUAGUUUCAGCAUCUGCAUAAUUUGCUUUGAGGGGGUCAGCUGACAACUGUUGAUCAGAAAUAUGUUAUAUCACAUUGUUUUUUCAUUAAUAUGUACACCUUUGAGUUCAAAUAAAACAUUUGGAUUUUGAAAAAGACCUUGAAAA